GCACACCUUACUACUUAACCACCACCACACACAAUGGCACCGAAAUCAGACUGGGAGAAGUGGGACAAGAAGACUGACGACAAGGACGAGAAGGAGGUCAAAGCUCUCGACGACAGUGACAUUCAGAUUCUCAAGACAUACGGUCAAGGCCCAUAUGCCGGCAGGCUAAAGAAGGCGGAAAAUGACAUAAACGAAGUGCAGAAACGGAUAAAUGAGAAGCUUGGUGUCAAGGAAUCAGACACUGAACAUCCUCUUCAGGUAGCGCGGUGUACGAAGAUCAUCCCCGUAGACCCCAAACUUGCCGCUGCUGCUCGUGCACUUAACCCCGCUGGUGCAGCACAAGGCCAGAAGGGUGCCGACGAGCAGGACAAAUACGUUAUCAAUAUCAAACAAAUCGCGAAGUUUGUUGUGGGUCUGGGUGAACGAGUAGCUUCAGCGGAUAUUGAGGAGGGUAUGCGAGUAGGCGUGGAUCGGACGAAAUACCAGAUUCAAAUCCCGCUGCCACCGAAAAUCGACGCCUCUGUGACUAUGAUGCAAGUCGAAGAGAAGCCGGACGUCACGUAUUCGGACAUUGGUGGUUGCAAGGAACAGAUCGAGAAACUUCGUGAAGUCGUCGAGACUCCUCUACUAUCACCGGAACGCUUCGUCAAGCUAGGUAUCGACCCACCAAAGGGUAUCCUGCUUUACGGCCCACCAGGUACCGGAAAGACCCUGUGCGCCAGAGCGGUAGCCAACCGAACAGAUGCAACCUUCAUUCGUGUCAUUGGUUCCGAGCUUGUUCAGAAGUACGUCGGUGAGGGUGCUAGGAUGGUCCGAGAACUAUUCGAGAUGGCACGGAGUAAGAAGGCGUGCAUCAUCUUCUUUGAUGAAAUCGACGCUAUCGGUGGUGCUCGAUUUGAUGAUGGUGCUGGUGGUGACAAUGAAGUUCAGAGAACGAUGUUGGAGUUGAUCAACCAGCUUGAUGGAUUCGACCCCAGAGGAAACAUCAAGGUCCUCAUGGCGACCAACAGGCCAGAUACUCUUGACCCUGCAUUGUUGCGUCCGGGACGACUAGACCGACGUGUGGAGUUCUCUCUUCCAGAUAACGAGGGUCGCGCACAUAUUCUUCGUAUUCACGCGAGGAGUAUGAGCGUCGAACGAGACAUCCGUUUCGACCUGAUUGCUCGGUUAUGCCCCAAUACCACUGGCGCCGAGCUAAGGUCAGUUGCUACUGAGGCCGGUAUGUUCGCCAUCCGGGCACGACGGAAAGUAGCGACAGAGAGAGAUUUCUUGGAUGCUGUGGAGAAGGUAGUGCGUCAGGGAACGAAGUUCUCCUCCACUCCUCUGUACCAGGUGUAUAACUAGAUUCUGGGCUUGUAGUAUUGUAGAUCCAUCUAUUAUUCACGCCUUUGUCAUGAUUCGAGUUCGCU